ACAGCCAUUCAUUUUGCUCAUCAUGUGGUGAAUCCUUCCAAUUUUCCACAGGUGUUUGACUCUUUUACAACUUUUUCGAAUCUGGUUAUUCUAUUAUGCAGUUAGAUCAGGUUGGCGUUACCAGAGAUAAAAUUUGUACACUUGGUUAAAGCAAGCUAUUUGGCUAUUGGUCUUUUAACUGUGAUUCAAGGAUUCAUGUACAUCUCAAGAUAAAAAUAUGAAGCUAUAACUCUUAUGCAUGCUCAGGUUUGGUGUAAGUGCUUACGUUUCAGCAGCUCAGUCAUCUUUUGACAAGGAGAUCACGCAAGGAAAAGAGAAGCAAAAUCACCACAAUUCCAGUAAACAUGCAGAAUUGAAGGAUGAGAUAAAGAGAAGAAAAAACCUGUUGGUUUCUCUUCCUCACUCCACACAACAGGUGGAUCUGCGGCCAUGGAGUCUGGAUGUCGCUGCGACUCCGUUGACCCUGUGGUCGACUUUGCCGAACAGCCACAAUACGAAUAGGGUUGCGGCUACCGUCCCCAAGAUUGUGCAUCCAGCCCCAGUUCCGGUUUGCCAGGAUGGCGCAGCCAGCUCCAGUUCCGGAGCUUCACUGCUGCCGGCAGGUUGUUCAUCUUCUUAUUUGGUAAAUAGUUCUUCAGUUGUGUGAACGUUCCUCAGUUUCGGCUCCAAGAAAAGGAGAAGGUAUGUAUACAAUUUCUAUGCUGUGCUCUUACUCAUUACAUGUACCAUUCCCGUUUUCUCUUUCAAUCAGCUACCCUAUUUUCCAGAUCCUUUCAUUUGGGUUAGAAAUAAUAAUAUAGUGUCAGAUUCAGACUAUCGAGUAAGCAGUAGUAAGUUGAGUAGAUAUGGCAUCCGGCACUGGUGGUGGUAGCAUAGAAGAGCGA